UAACCGUCCCCAGGUAUGGAACUCUGUCGCGACUCCGGGGGAUAUCUAAAUGUCUCUGUAUUUAAUAUGUGGACAUGUGCAUGGUGUUAUAAGUUUCUGUUUCAACAAAGAAAUUCAAAGAAAAUGAUUCUAGAUCCUGACUGGAAUAGAGGCUCGCCACUUCUGGUUGUUGUGAAUGGUACCUUUAGUGCCGUCCCGGAUAUAGACAACCCCGGAGAGACUUCGCGGAUAUGUGGUACUCUAGAUCCCGCGGACUGUGUCCGGUGGACGUCCUGUUGCCAAGCAGCCAAGGCAUGUUGCCAUAGACAGACACGUGCUCGUCCGAGAGGAAAAAACACAUGUCCGAGUACAUGGGAUGGGUUUGGCUGCUUUGAUGAAACGGACGCUGGACAAACGGCGGUUAUUCACUGUCCAGAGUUCAUCGAGUACGGCUUUGUAUCAGAUUACGCGACCAAGGAAUGUACGGAUAACGCCACCUGGUGGAGGGAACAGCUGCAUUAUCGAGAAUGGACAGAUUACACUCCUUGUCUCAAGAUAAAGGUGUACAAGUCUGUGGUGUACGUAGGCUUAGCUUGCUGCUCCCUCAGUAUCGUUCUCCUUGUUCCAGCCAUCAUCAUAUUCCUGUCUAUCAAACAGUUGAGAUCGCAGCAACGCAUCCGCCUCCAUCUGUGUCUCUUCCUCUCAUUCAUGUUGACCUCCGUCUUCACUUUGUUUUGGGACUUGUUUGUGUACAGCGACCUUUUGGAUCAUCCUCGUCACCAUACGAUCAUGUAUCGUAAUUCGCUUGGCUGUCGCUUGCUCUACAUCCUCAAAAGAUAUUCAGUUUCCGCCAACUACUCCUGGAUGUUCUGCGAGGGCCUUUAUCUUCACCGGCUUAUAGUACAUGCCUUCAGGGUACCAAGGUCUCUCUUGUGGUACUAUUUCUUAGGCUGGGGUCUUCCAUUUGUACCCGUUUUGAUAUAUUCUCUCAUCAAAGCUGGAACCGCUAACCAUGGGUGCUGGGUCAAGAAUAUGGGUUACUAUGAAUGGAUAAUUUAUGCACCUAACAUCAGCUGUAUUUUAGCAAAUUGCCUAUUUCUGUGUAGUAUUUUGAGGAUUAUGGUAUCCCAGCUUCAAACACAUCCAAACGAACCCAGCGGCUACAGACGUGCUCUCAAGGCGACCUUUGUACUGGUGCCAUUAUUCGGUAUCCAGAUAUUCGUCAUCAUCUAUCGUCCUCAUGGCUCAACCUCUCAUCGUUUUCUCUACGAAAUCAUAUCUAAAGUCAUCACAGAUUCUCAGGGUGCUAUCAUAACUCUGAUAUACUGCUUUGGAAGUGGAGAGGUUCAUACUUAUUUACGUUCUCGCUGUCGGAGCUGUACACGUGAACUUAACAUCCGUAACAACACAGCAGCCAGAACGCCAAGCGUCUCAAUGACCCAGUACACCGCCAUCACUGCCAGCCAGCCACGAUUGUCGUGCUCCAAAGACACCAUUUUGAGCUCUAAAAAGGGAGACUACUACGAAAAUAAAAACCGUGUCACUGUAAAUGGACAAGUACAUGCACAGAAUCUGUACCGUUAAUAGUACCAAGGCUGCAUAUGAAUUUGUUUUUUUUUUGUUUAAACUGAUCUACAUUUGAAGAAUCUAAGAUGUGUAGUUAUAUAUGAAAAUGUUGCUUCAAUAUAUUUAAGAACAUGAAAAUUGACACCUACUGUCUUUUCCUGUGUGGUAAAUAAAAAGAUCAAGUAAC